GGCGGCGCCGCAUUGCGGGCGCGGGCAGCGAUGGCGCCGCGGCUGCUCCUCUGCCUCCUCGGGCUGCUGGCGGCCGCUGUGGCCAGCCCAGUUCUGUGGCAGAAGGAGUGUGCAAAGGGCCCUGAGCUGUGGUGCCAGAACAUUCGCACAGCGUCCCAGUGUGGAGCCAUCAAGCACUGCCAGCAGAAUGUCUGGAACAAGCCUGCUGUGAGCAGUAUCCCCUGUGACUUGUGCAAGGAGCUUGUGACAGUGGUUGGCAAGGUUUUGAAGGAUAAUGGCACUGAGGAUGAGAUCCGCUUUUACUUGGAAAAGACCUGUGAGUUCCUCCCUGACCAAGGUCUGGUCUCUGAGUGCAAAGAAAUUGUGGAUUCCUACCUACCAGUUAUUAUGGAUAUGAUCAAAGAAGAGCUGGACAACCCUGAAGUUGUGUGCAGUGCCCUCGCACUGUGCCAGUCCCUUCAGAAGCACCUUGCAGCAAUGAAACUUCAGAAACAACUCCAGUCCAAUAAGAUACCAGAGCUGGAUUUCUCUGAGCUGGCAUCCCCACUCAUGGCUAAUGUGCCUCUUCUCCUUUACCCUCAGGACAAACCCAAGCAGAAGGCUAAGGGGAGUGGGGAGGUUUGCCAAGACUGCAUUCAGCUGGUUACUGAUGUUCAGGAAGCUGUGAGGACAAACUCAACUUUUGUGAAGUCUUUGGUUGCUCAUGCCAAGGAGGAGUGUGACCGUUUGGGACCUGAAAUGUCCGACAUGUGCAAGAAGUAUAUCUCUGAAUAUUCUGACUUGGCUAUCCAAAUGAUGAUGCACAUGGCUGUGUUCAGUAAUGUGGGGAUCUGGUUGCAAAAUGGGCUGUUACUGGCUGCUUUAAAGAAGCAACCAAAGGACAUCUGUGCCAUGGUUGGGUUCUGCUCUUCUGUGAAAUCUGUUCCCCUUCAGACUCUGGUGCCAGCUCAGGUGGUUCACGAAGUGAAAAUGGAAACUGUGGAGAAACCCUCAGUUCAGGAGAAGACUUUUUCCUUGUGUGAAAUCUGUGAGACCAUGGUGAAAGAAGUGACUGGCCUCUUGGAAAGCAACAAGACAGAGGAGGAGAUUGUACAUGAAAUGGAGGUCGUCUGCUACCUGUUCCCAGCAAGUGUCAAAGACCAGUGUAAGGACUUCAUAGAUGUCUAUGGCCAGGCUUUGAUUGACAUGCUCUUGGAAUCAACAAGUCCUGAAGCUGUGUGUGUGAUGCUGAAAUGUUGUGCAGCCAACAAGCCUCCACAGCAGCCAGUUUUGGUGAAACCUGCAGGUGGCUUCUGUGAUAUCUGCAAGAUGGUGAUAGCUUAUGCAGACAAAGAGCUAGAGAAGAAUGCCACGGUAGCUGAAAUUGAGGCUGUACUGGAAAAAGUCUGCCAUGUCCUCCCAGAGUCCAUCAGAGAUCAGUGUGUUCAGUUUGUGGAACAGUAUGAACCCGUGGUUGUGCAACUCUUGGCAGAGGCAAUGGAUCCCACUUUUGUUUGCACAAAACUUGGAGUCUGUGGAUCAGCUAAACAGCCUCUCCUGGGGGAUGAUGCUUGUGUCUGGGGUCCAGGUUACUGGUGUAAGAACAUGGAGACUGCUGCUCAGUGCAACGCUGUUGAUCACUGCAAACGUCACGUGUGGAACUAGAAGAAGAAUUUCCAGUUCUGAAAGUUUGCCAUGGCUCUUAAAAAAUGUGGGCCAAGGUUGGCAGAGAGCUCUAUCUCAAAUGUCCCUCCUCUCUGCCUCACUAACAGUUUGACCUUCAAGUUCCUUUUAUUGUAACUCUUCUGUAGCAGUGCUGCUGUUGAAGGAUCAGAUCUUCGUUGUUGACUUAACAAAGAUCUUUUCAAGUGUACAUUAUGCUCCUAAAAAUAGUCAGUGUGUUGUAGAAUUAUUUUUUAAUUGGUAGGCUGAAGUGUGUUUUAGGUGCUGGGAAGAAUGAACAGAGAAAGUGAAAUGAGACAAGACUUACUAUCUUUUAAUUUAAAAAAAAAAACAACCCACAACCACAUGGUAGUGACUAAACUUUGCAAUGUCUUUCUGUAGUCAGCAUUGGAAAGAUGACAUGCUUUGCAUUUUUUAACAUCUGGCUGGAAUGUUAAUUUUCUGCAUAACCAGAGGGGGGAACUCUUGAGGGAUAAUGCUGAAGGUGGGAAUCCCUUUGGCUGGAAUUUUCAAAGCUCUGCAGGUGCAGAGGUGGGGACUUGGUGUGCCCAGCUGAGUUUCAAAGUCGCUGGUACCUAACAAGAUGCAUUUGUGUUUGAGUGACCAUGCUUAUGGUUCAUGGUGUUCCUCAUAGCUAAGGAAACCUUCCCUCAGCCUUUAAUCAUGUCCUUUUUCUUUCCUUGGACUACUGCCUAAGCAGGGGUGUUCUGCCAAGCCCUGUGCAGUGGGAUGUCAGGCUGUUGAAGGCUGACACACUUAAGGAAUGGCUCCCUUUUUUUUCUUAGCCUUGUUGCUCCAUUCUUGCAGCUUCCUACAUGUGGGUGCCAAGGAGGUGGAGCAAGCUGGGUCAGUAGGAGAUUGAGAGGAGGGGGGGAAAAAGUCAGUAGAAGCUGUAUGUAUGUCCAGGUGAGCUCAGAAUAUAUGGAAAUGUUUUUUAUUGCCAGCUGCUGGCUUGAUCUUUGAUCUGUGUUUUUUUUUCCUCAUAGCAUAUUUCAGUCUUCUACAACUUCAGCAGCUCUCUGAGGCUCACAGGCAGUUUUGCUCACAGGUAUUCAUGCUGAUGCUCAGCCUUCUGAGUAGCUGGAGGUGUAGUUUGUGUUUUGGUUUUCCCCAGAGUUGCCAAUUCUGUUGGGAACUGCAGGCAGAGAUGGCAGAUGGUAAGAGCACUGUAGGAAGUGUUUGGCAGCUCCCUGGAGCAUCCCACUGAAGUGGCCUUUCAAGGGAAGCUGCUACCCUGGAAACCAGUCAGGCUCUGGAGGUGUAGGGGCCUCAAGGAUGGGCAUCACACUUAGGUUGCUUGAGACAGACCUUGCACCCCCAACCAGCAUCUACUGUGUCCUUCUGAUCAAGUUAAUGCCCAAAAAUAGAGGCACCAAAGUAGCUCUGAGGAGACCUUUGAGAAGGAGGAGCUGGGCAGAGGUGGAGCUUUGAAAAUUCCAGUCCUGUUCAGAAAGGUGCCAGCAACUGCUGUUCUCAUGGUGUGUUGGGUGAGGUGGGAGCUCCAGUAACAAUGUUUUAGCAACAAGCAGACUGAUUUUCUUGGAAUCUAAUGGAAAGCUGCUUUUUUGUGUCUACAUGUACAUACUAAAUGCCUGGGCAGUGUUGACAGGUGGUUUGUCUUUCCUCUUGGCUUUUGUACAGAAUGCUGAAGCAUUCAUGGCUUUAAACCAACAACAUCAUUUCCCCCAAAACUGUAAAAUACCUGCAGCUUGCUGUCUUGGCAGCCUUGUGCAGUGGUUCCAGUGGUCUAUCCCAGUUGGGGUAGAUAUUCCAGAUAGGAAAUGGGACUCCCUUCAGCAUCAUCACCUGGGAGGGUCCAGGUUUUGUUACACCGCAGCGUGUAGUAGUUGAUCUUUUAAACUGGAUGGUGGUCUCUUGAUGUGGUUUUUUGGGGGUUGGAUGGACACUUGCUCGUGCAGGUUGGUAAGGUUUUAAUUUUCUUGGGUUUUUAGUAAUGAAGGAUUCACACUAGUGACCUGUGGGGCAAGGUGAGCUGGGGGAAAAGUCCUGUUGCUAGCGCUGGGAGGCUCUUCAGUUCUCUCCUCCCUUCCUGUGCACUGUGGCACCUGACCUGCUUCUUGAGUUACCUUUGGGGGGACAUGUGCAGUUGCUUCCUAAAGAACAUUGUCUUGAUUUGUUUUUGCACAAAAGCUUCCUUAAUGAACAAUAAAAAGACUUCUGUAAACCACUAA